AUGGCGUCGGUGUGGAAACGACUGCAGCGAGUGAACAAACGCGCCGCAAAAUUCCAGUACACUGCAUCGUACCACCGCAUUGACGUCGACAUAACGCCCAAAUGGAAACCCAACAAGUUGAGUAUUGUAUGGACGCGACGGUCGCGACGCGUCAUCACAGAGCCCUUGGAAUGGGAGCCCUCGCUGAAGGACCCUUUGAAGGGUUCGGUUAUAUUCACUGUGCCAGAGAACCAAACCGUCGCAGUGACGUUGUUCCGCAACCCGCGCACCAACGAGCUCGAGGACAAGGACUGGACAUUCGUUUUGGAGGACGUAUCCCACACGGGCAAGCGACGUCGGCUGGCGUCCUGCAGCGUGAACCUGCGCAGGCACGCGUCGCUGGCACCGGCACAGCGCUCUCUGCAGCUGCAGCUGGAGCCCACCUCCAGGAAACUUAGGGGGGCCAAGCUGCAGUUGACAUUGCAUUGUGUUCUGUUGAGGGAGGGGCAGGCUACAGACGAAGACAUGCAGUCCCUAGCCUCGUUACUAUCUGUGAACAAUAACUCAGAUAUAGCAGUUUUGGAGGAUCUAGAUGAGGAUGACUACACACUGUCCGAUAGUUCUACGCGACAAAUGUUGGACCUUCGUCAACAAGUGGAAGAAAUGACGCAAAGUUUAACCAAUAGCGACAUAGCAGCAACCCCCAAUAGUGUGCAAAGCUUGAACUUUGAUAACUCCCGAACCCCCACAGCUCCUAUGACACCCGAAUCAACUACCCCUACAACCCCUGUAAAUGCACCAAUAAAAGAAAUGGACGAUCUUAAAAUCAAUGAUUUAACAAUAACCCCAAAAACUAGACCUGAAUAUCUCAGUAAUUUAACAAAACUAGCAAUGAAAAGCGAACCCCCAAAAUUCUCUUCAACCCCCAAAAUUGUACCGGAGAAGGUAGAAGAAAAGGUAGAUAACAUAAAAGGUGUCGUUUUUAAACCAAAGACGGUCGCAAAAAGGAACCUUAAGCCGUUGGAAUUAAAGACUAAUUUAAAUAAUAUAAGUUUGGACACGAAUGACAAUGAAAAGGAAGAUUUAGAUAAAACUCCGAUAGCGGAAGUGGAGAAACUAUUUCCGGUUAAGGCUAUGGAUAAGGAUAAAACACCAGUGCAGGACCUGCUGGAGUGGUGCAGCGUGGUGACGGCGGAGUACCCGGUGUGCCGCGUGGCCGACCUCUCCGCCAGCUUCCGCUCCGGGCUCGCCUUCUGCGCCAUCAUACACCACUACCGGCCUGAUCUCAUAGACUUCUCGGGGCUGUCGGCGGAGGACGCGGACGGCAACGUGCGCACGGCGCUGGAGGCCAGCGCGCGCCUCGGCAUCGCGCAGGUGCUCACGGCCAGCGACGUGCGCCGCGCGCCGCACCCGGACAAGCUCGCGAUAAUGACAUAUCUGUUUCAACUGCGCGCGUACUUCACUGGUAAUGAACUGCAAGUAGAGCAACUUGGCAACGACGAGACGGAGUCGUCGUACCUGGUGGGGCGCCACGACACGGACGCGUCGCUGCCCGCCGAGCUGUUCAGCCGCGAGGUGAGCGCGCGCCGCUCGCGCACGCUGCCGGACCGCCCGCGCCCCGUGUCCCAAGGCUCGAUAGAGUCCCGCCAGUCCCAGGAGCGGUCCCCGGAUAAGUCCCCGGCGCCCACGAAGGCCCGCGACAUGCUGCUGCAGUCCAAGAGCAUCCUGGGCAAGAUGCUGUCUCCGGCCAAGGGGGAGAAGCCCACCGCCAAGUGGUUCACCGAUCCCGUCAAGGUUAUUAAUGAGCCAAUCCCAGCACGGCCUGAGAAACUGAUGACUCGCAAGGAGUUGACGGAUCCCUUCGGCUCUGAUGAUGAAGAGGAACCAGCCAAUAAUGCGAUUAGUAACGGUGUUGUUAAAUCGGAACAAAAACCAACCAUAGAACCCGCUACCACCGACCCAUUAAGCGUCACCGACGCAACAACCAAUGGUAACGAGAAACCAAAACCAGUUGAACUGCCAAAACCUACGCCGCAAUUGUUGUCACGUCACGACGAAUUGAAAGAGAGAGCGAGACAGUUGCUCGAGGCGACCAAACGUGAGGCGAAAGAAAAGGACAAAAGCAAAACUGACAGUGAAAUUGUGAACGGCUUGAAUGACAUGGGAAGUCCGAAAAAGCCAAUUACAGAAGAAGAGAGACAAGCGAUGUUACGUGAGAGGGCGAGGAAGUUAAUAGCCGACGCUAGAGCGGGCAUAGUCAGUCCAACAUCUCCCCUCUCUCCGUCGCGCACUCGCGGCACGCUGGAGAUCAUCAGCAAGCAGUCCGUCAUGGAGGAGUUCGCUGCGGCGGGUGGUGUGGAACAGUUAGAAGAUCUAAUAUCCAGGCCCGAGUCGAUGCCGUCGAGUCCUGGGUCCAGGAAAAGUGCUCCCAGUCCGGACAGAUCAGAUCCGCACAGCGCGGAGAGCCGGUCGCGCAGCGCGUCGCCGCCGGCGCUCGCCGCGCUGCAGGACGACGACGACCAGGAGCGUGAGACGGGGUCGUACAUAGCCAGCGAGCUGGAGGCGCUGGAGCGCGAGCAGAGCGCCAUCGACGAGCGCGCCGCCGCGCUGGAGAAGCAGCUGCGGCGCGUCAUCGACGCCGCCGACAACAUCGAGGAGGAGAAUCGUUUGAUGUCGCAGUGGUUCAACUUAGUCAAUAAAAAACACGCGCUGUUGAGACGUCAGAUGCAACUCAACAUUUUAGAACAAGAAGAAGAUCUAAGUCGUAGAUGCGAGCUGCUGGCGCGGGAACUGCGGCUCUCCCUCGGAGUAGAAGAGUGGAGAAAGACUCCCGGGCAGAAGAGAAGAGAGAGACUUUUGUUACAGGAGCUAUUAUCAGCGGUGAAUGAAAGAGACAGACUUGUUCAAGAAAUGGAUGAACAGGAGAAAGCGAUAGCCGAUGACGAGAAGAUCCAACUUAACCUAUCAAACGUUGAGAUACAAAGAAAAAACAACUGUAUUUUGCAA